AUGACGCAGGAGCUGAGCUACAUCAAGAUCAAGACGGCCAACGAGGCCCGGCUUGCUGACGAAGCACGGACAGAGACGCUGAAACGCAACAUCAUCGUCCUCGUCCUACACCAUCUCCAAGACAACGGCUAUGUGCAAGCGGCGCAUCAGUUGGAGCUGGAGGCCGGCAUUGCCGCGACAAAGUACGACGUGUGUGACAACAUCGACCUGCUAAGCAUCGUGCAAGAGUUUGAGGCCUACUACAAGAUCAAGUUUGGCAAGGCGCCCAAGCUGAUCAAGAAGGCGGUGGGUCCGGAGCUGCGCACGGGUCGACUACGCGGCACGCAUCGAAUACCAGGCAGCGGCAGCACAGGCGGAAGGAGCUCGCCAAGCAAAGGGCCGUCGUCACUAUCCCGCACCAGCACGGGCUCUGGCUCGGAUCGGCGAGCGGGGACGGCGCUGCCACGUGUGGAGUCGCCGCCGAACAAGAAGGCGUCCAACACAUCGCUGCACCCGCUCCACGACCGCUCAAGCAGCGCUCCGCUCGGCAAGAAGAAGGAACGAUCGACAGCGGCCCCAUCUUCGGGGCGGGUGGUAGGCGGGCAGCGUAUUGUGGACAUGGGGUCGGAACUGAAGAAUGCGAUACAGGCGGCGACGCACGAGGCACUGGACAACUACAGCCAUCACGACGACAAGCUGCUGAAGCCCGUGAGCAACCUCGGAUACACGGGCCAGAUGCAGGAGCUGUCCCAGGUCAUCAGUCGGGAAAUCUACCUCAACAACCCAGAUGUCAGGUGGUCGGACAUUAUUGGCUUGGACAAAGCAUGCAAGCUGGUGAAGGAGGCGGUGGUGUAUCCGAUUCGCUAUCCACAGCUCUUCCGCGGGAUCCUCAGCCCUUGGAAAGGACUCCUCUUGUAUGGUCCUCCAGGCACGGGCAAGACCAUGCUGGCGAAGGCGAUUGCAACCGAGUGUCACACCACCUUCUUCAACAUCUCCGCCUCGUCCAUUGUCAGCAAGUGGCGCGGCGACUCGGAGAAGCUCGUGCGUGUGCUGUUUGAGCUUGCACGGUUCCAUGCACCGUCGACCAUCUUCCUUGACGAGCUGGAUGCGAUCAUGACCACGCGGUCGAGCGGGGGUACGGGCGACCACGAGGGCAGCAGGCGCAUGAAGACCGAGCUGCUCAUGCAGAUGGAUGGGCUCAACAAGUCGGAUGACCUCGUGUUUGUGCUCGGUGCAUCCAACCUGCCAUGGGAGCUGGACCCGGCCAUGCUGCGGCGCCUCGAGAAACGCAUUCUCGUCGACCUGCCAACACAGGAGGCGCGGCGGGCCAUGUUCCAGCACCACCUGCCACCGACGGUGCAGAGCGAGGACGACGGCGGUGUCAUUGACCUCACAGCCAACAUCGACUACGAUGCUGUGGCCAGCAACACAGACGGGUACUCUGGCUCUGACAUUCGCCUGGUGUGCAAGGAGGCGGCCAUGAAGCCUGUUCGCCAAAUCUUCGAUGUCCUGGAAAACCUUGAAGACAGCGACGCUGCACACCACAACAUCACUGUGCGGGCGAUUACGACGGAGGAUGUGAUGGAUGCGAUUGCCACCACCAAACCUUCCGCUGCUGGAUUGCGGGACCGAUACACGCAGUGGCAAAAGGAGUUUGGAUCUGUCUGA